AUGGCGUCUUCGAAUUCCUAUGAGGAUAACCGGUGUAAAUUGUUAGUUCUGGAUAUCGAUGUAAAUCAAUUGAAUUCCAAUGAUCUUCGACGAUAUUUUACUACAUACGGACCUAUCGAAUGGAUGGAAAUUUUUCCGAAAUUUUCAUCAGCGAUCAUCUAUUUCGUUAGUUAUUUAAUUGUUGAUCGUCUGGUGAGAUAUCGAACAUGUUCAAUCAAUCAAAAUCAACUUCGAUUGCGUCACUAUCGAUCGGAUGAAACGAGCGCGCAUAUCGAUACUCGAACAGUUCGAAUAAGACUUUCCAAUCCGAGAAAUACCAAUUUAAAGUUAACUGAAUCAAUACUAUUUCCUUGCUUUGAACGAUAUCAAUCUUUUAUCAAUAAAAUCAACGUUUUUCCAAAUAAUCAUGCAUUAAUACAUGUUUCGGAUUACAUCUACGCGGAUCGAAUUCUACUUGAUUCGAACAAUGAAUUUCAAAUCAAUGGGCAAUCACUUAUUUUGGAACGGUUCGUGCGAAAAGGUCGAAUUCAACAGCGACAACAACAACAACGAAAACAGCCGCGAGAUGUAGUAAUUGACCAAUUAUUGGAUCGAAUCGCUUCUCUAUCGAGACAGCUUCGAGAAAAACCGGAAAACUCACGAAAUGAAAUUGAACGACUUGAAGCUGAAUUGUUUGUAAUCAAGAAUGAAAAUGUUCAACUCAAAUCUCAACAACAGCGAACUGCACUCAUUGACAUAUCCAACAAAAAUUCGAACGAGCGCCCUAUUCUCAAACGAUGGCGUACUACCGAAAAUACCCUCAUGAGUCAAAACAUGAUCGCAAAACCUCGCAUUCUAUGUUGGCUCACCGCUGUAUCUGUUCGUUUCACAUUCAUUACAAAAUAUUUAUUUAAUUUUCUAACAAAUCACAUUCAAAAUACAUAA